AUUGCGUUCCUUUUGUUUCAGUGGUAAAAUGCAGUGUUGGGUGUUGGCGGGUGCCGCGGGGCAACGACUCUGCGGCAGGACCCGGCAUUGCAGAUGGCGACCCCAAUGAGAUCUAAUUCGCAGGAGGCAAGCCACCGAUUAAGGGUGGCGGACCCCAGAACGACGGCGAAGGCAGAUACCCAGGCCUCCAAUUUCGAAUACGAUGACAACGAGUGGGAUAUUGGGAUUGGAAAUCUAAUAAUAGAUUUAGAUGCAGAUAUAGAGAAAACUAACGAGGGCGCGGGGGCGGGCAGUGCCAUGGCGACAAACGCAAGUCCAGCAAGUUCCGCAAAAACUUCGGCAAAGAUGGCCAUUGAACAUUCGGCGACCGUUGAUAAAGGCCUUAAAAUGAAAAUCAAACGUACAAAACCGGGUACUAAGACGUCGGAGGCGAAACACGAAAUUGUUAAAUCGAACGAACAGAAUGGCAACGUUGACGGUCCGGAUUUAAAGGGAGUUUCGAAACACGCUGUUGCACCUAGUAUACCAAAUUCAGGCCUUACCAGUAGUAGUAGUAAUAGUAGCAACAGCAGCGCGAGCAAUUGCAGUAGCAGCAGCUGCGGAAGCAGUAGCAGCAGCAGCAGCAGUAGUAGUAGCAGUAGUAGUGGGAGCAGUAAACGCGGUUCCAGCGGGCAUCGACGCGAUAAAAUUCGGGACAAACACGCGGUGGAGAAACAGACUCCUAAAGUAGUGGCGGGUACUACCUCAGUGACGAUGACUGAAGUGAACGGUGUAGUGAGAGUUAGUGCAUCCCAAACGGGACCUCAAAGACCUCUAUUUCCUACUAAUACGGGCCCCGGACCUCCUACGAUACAGCCUGUUGUUCCGCCACCAGGCACACCUUCCAGUCCAGCUAGUAGUGUGACAGUUACGAAUACUCCUACCAAAGUUUCAACUCCAGUACUACCACAAAUAACUGUUUCAGAAGAACGAAGUACCUCACCGCCUCCAACGAAAAAACUUAAAACCGAAUCAAAGG